UUUCGAACCAAAAACGUCAGAAUAACAAUUUUUUUCAAUCAUCAUCAUCAUGAAAUUGCCACUCUAUCUCGCAGUAAUUACAUGUCUUACCGUGCAUCACAUCUCUGCCCAAGAGGCCAAUGCGGGCACACCAGAUACUGCGCCAGCGGCGUCUAUUCCGGCCGGCGUCACACCUGCUGCUACUGAUCUACCUGGUGCGGCUGCUAGCCCGGACGUCAACGGAUGGUCUUCUUUAGCGACAGGAGCUACACCUACGCCUAAUGCGGCGAGUUCAUCUGACGUUGAUACAGCGGCCACUCCGACGCUUGAUGCAUCCGCCGAUGUUACACCCACCAAUUCGGCUUCACUCGAUGAUGAAUCGUCCACAACCAGGUCCCCCAGUGGUCUCUCAACCGGUGUUGCUAGUGCCUCGUUGGCGUCUGGUUCUUCUGGUUUGGCUUCAGGCACUCCAUUGGCGAGCGGAUCCAAUUCCGUUGCGGCCAUCCCACCACGUUCUUCGGUCGCUGUGGCGGCUAGCUCUGUAGCGGCUUUACCACCCAAGAAUAGUGUUGCUGCUGUUCCACCUCGCGUUCCUGCUCCCUCUUCCGAAGGAUCACAGGUAUCAUUAAUGUCGUCUACCGCGUUUGCUUUCACCAUGAUGAUGAUGGGUGUAUGGUAUACCUUGUAAUUUGCCUAGUCUAGUAUUCUUAUAAACAUAUAUUUUCUAUUUUUACAUACACACAUUGUUUACCAAGAUAAGAAACUAGGUGGAGGAUCAAAGGAUCGCCUUUGUUGGUUCUUUUCUUUUAAUUUUUAUUGUUGUGUAAUGCAAAAUGUACAAAAGGGAAAAAAGAAAAUAUUUCACUUGGAUAGAUUGGGUUAUCCCAAGUGGGAAUCGCGGCUAAAAAUAACCUUUUUUUUUUUUC